CUGUCCUUGAGUUCCUUCAUUGCAGACAAGACAGGCAACAUUGUUGCAACUUUUAACACGAACCAGUGUUUCACACCGCACAGUAAAGGCUGAAAGAAUUGCAGUGGAGAAAUGUCUAGGCUGAUGGACCCUCAGCCCAAGUUCCUACCAGAAUGGAGGCUUGCAAACCAAAUACAUUAUGGGAGUGCGGAGGCUGAGCGUUCACGCUCUGAACGACUCACGGCUGAGAGUAAGAGGCGGAUAGAGGAGAGUGGCAUGGCAGCCAAACGCAUGCAACAGGAUGCCAACAAGAGACUGCGUAAAGCGACAUCAAUAAAUAGAGAUUAUAACAUAAUCCGUUCCUGUCAAAAGCAGAUAAUCUAUGACAUCAAGUUCUGGAAGUCAGAUCUGGACCAGAAGCUGGAGGAGAUUGUCCAGGAGAUUAAGGUGCUGAUAACCUGUAAGAGCCGGGUGGAGAGAGCCAUGGAGAGGCAGAGGCGUGUUUCCAUUGACCUGGUACAUGAGGAGGUGGAGCGGGAACUGAUGAAGGAGAGCGAGGUGAUCGAGGGAGUGGCAUCACUGCUGAACCGCACCCUGGAGCAGACCAAUGAACAGAUCAGGUGGGUGAGGGGAGGAAGUGGUUCGCCACACGCACACACGYUCAAGUCUCACGAUCUCUGCAAUGCUUCUAAUGCAGGUUUCUGUUCUGGCUCCAGACUGAACCGCUCAGCAAAGUACUACCUAGAGAAGGACCUACGGGACAAGUUCCAAGCAGAGCAGAUUGAUGGUUUCUGCUCCAUCCUCACAAACACCUCCCUGAAUAUUGACAACGUGACUAACAGGGAGCAGACAGCUGCUGACAUGUGCAGGCAGCACAACGCUACGGGRAAUGCCCUCCGGCUGCAGGUUCAGGAGACCAAGACAGCCAAAGGACAACUGGAGGACCACCUGGCAAAGGGGCAAUUAAGUGCCUUGCUCAAGGGCACAUUAYCAGAUGUUUUCACCUAUUCAGCUCAGGGAUUCAAACCAGAAUCCUUUCGGUUACWGGCCGAAGGCUACCUGUCGCACUGUGUUACUGAAAUUAAUCCACCUAUGAUUAGUUACUGGAAUGAUUCCCCUCCUUUCUCCCUAAAAACUAAAAAGGUUCUGUCAGAGGUGGCUAGCCAGGAGUGGAACCUGGAGGCCCUGCGCGUGGCCAUCGAAGACAAAGCAGGUCCCCUGAAGGUGGCUCAGACACGGCUGUCCGCCCGCAGCCAGAGKCCUAGCAUCGAGCUCUACCAUGACCCGGUCCAGGUCCGCCUGCUCUCCGAGGUCCAGGAGCUCACUGCACACAUCAAGAGACUACAAGAGGCCCAGGCCCAGUCGGAGAUGGAGGUGCAGGCCCUGACCCGCUCACAGCUGAUCCUGGAAGAGGAGAUCCAGGUCAAGUCCCGUUCUCUCUACAUCGACGAGGUCAUCUGCACCCAGCUCCGCCAGCCCAUCUCCACCAACAGCUUCUGAAUACCACUCCCACCAUGACAAGCCWGGUCCCUGAUCUGUUUGUGCUGACUUGCAUCAACAGAUCUGGGACAAGCCUAGACCAUGGCCACACUGACUUUAUAGUGGGGCUCUUUAGCUUAUGCUGACAUACCCGGGCUAGCAUUUUCACUGAUGAAUAAA